AUGUCCUCUAACGAUGACGAUAGCUUUGUGUGGGGAAGUGCUUCAGAUGAUAGUAAAAGUAUGAGUGACAACGAGAAUAUGAAGCGAGAGUCGCCAGUUAAGAUGGAAGUUGACGAAUUAGAUACAGAGCAAAGCUUUUCAAAAAAAGACCUUGAUAAAAGUAAAAAAUCAAAAAAAAAGAAAAACAAUAAAGAUAUAAAGUGUUUAGAUAAUUUUGUUAAGGAAGAAUCUGAAAGUGAUUCAAAGCAUACAAUUAAAACUGAAACCAAGGGAAUACUUAGUCCAAACAAAAUCGAUACAUAUGAUGAGAGCUAUCUUAACUUGAGAAUAAAAGAAGAAGAGUCAACUAUUGUUGAAAAUGGUAAGAGAAAAAAAAACAAAAAGAAACGUCGGUCAGAGAGAGAGACUAGUGACACAGACAUUACUAUUAAAUCACCGAAAAUUGAUGAAAUGGAUGUAGACUCUGUAAACUUAAGUAAAGAAGAUAAAGUAAAAGAUAAUGAAACUAGCAAAAUGAAUGCUCCUAUUAAUUUUGAGUCAGACGAAAAUAUUAGGCACCAUAAACCUAAAAAGAAGAAAAAGCGUAAAGCAUCUUAUAGUGAAGACUGUAGUAUUGCUGAAAAUUCUCAAAAUGAUAUAACACAUAGCAGUGAUGCUGAAAUCAAAGUCUUGGAAAAUGGUUAUGCGAGUGAUAAACAGUCACAUAAUAAUACCAAACAUUCUAAUCAAAGUUGCAAUGUUACUAACAUUUCAACUACAUUACAUUUUGAAGAAGAUGUAAGCAGUAUAGAUCUUAAUCACAGUACAGAAUAUACAGAAAGCGAAAAAGUAAACUCAAAACAAAUACGAAAGUACCUCAAGAACAACCCUUAUUUGCAGCCAGUAUCAUCUAAAUCUAAACCUGACUCCAUAAUCACUAAUAAUGAUGAUAUAUGGCUUCUAAAAUGUCCUCGUGAUAUUGACAUAUUAAACUUAAAAGGUGUGUGUGUGAAAAUGAAUGACAAAACAAAACUAAAAAUAGAUGGUAAAGCUUACCUAAGCACAAUAGAAAGUAGUUUGUGUCAAUUAUCAGUCAUGACAUUUUAUAACAAAACUGAAUCAGUAAUUAAAAGCAUAAAAGCAAAUGGAUGUAUUGUCAUUAAAAAUAAAGUACCCAGACUCCACAUACCAGAGAAUGAGACAAUGGUUAAUAAUCAAAGAAACUUUAUACCGCUUCCUGAAACAAAAUGUCGUCAUCCGUUAUUUGGUGUGAAUUAUAAAAAAUCUAUCAAAUUACCCACUGAUAUAGUGCAAAGGUUACACAAUGAUGCAUGUUAUAAUGAGGAAGAUAAUGUUACUCCUGUGACUAAGAAGAAAAAGAAACACAAAAAGAAUAAGCACCAGUCACAGGAGCAAAGUUUAGUAGAGGAAAUUAAGACGGAAGAAGUGCUUCCCAGCAAGAAGAAAAAGAAACGCAAGCAUAGUGAAAGUAUAGAUGACACACCUGUUAAAGCAAAGAGGAUGAAACAUAAUCCAGAAGCACCCACUUGGGAUUCUGAGAAAGCCAUAGCAGAAACAUUGUUUAAUUUUUAA